AUGAAAAUACGAACGCCCGACACAUUCAAUAGAUUAGGCGAUUAUUUUGGAUUGUUAACAUCACAGGCUAGCAGAAUAUUUCAGAAAACAGUAAAACAUUUAGCUCAUUACUUGAAAACUCUCGUUUUUUGUCCAGAAUCGGAAGUGAUUAUAAAGAAUUUGCCUAUUGCAUUUCGUGCAUACUAUAGUCAUGUUCGUAUUAUAGUUGAUGCUUUUGAGGUCUAUAUCGAAACACCAACCAAUCCAAUACAUCAAGUAUUAACAUGGUCGCAGUACAAACAUAAUAAUACUGCAAAAGUUUUGAUAAGUUGCACUCCUGACAGAUUUGUCUCUUUCAUGUCUCGUGGCUACGGAGGCCGAACGAGCGAUAUUGUACUUUUCAAGGAGAGUAAAAUAAUGGAUAUUAUUCCCGAAAAAAGUGGUGUAAUGGCAGACAGAGGAUUCAAAGAGAUUCAAACUAUUUUAAAGAAAAAAAAAAGUGAGUUGAUUCGUCCUCCUUCAGUUUCUAGUGCCACUAAAUCUUCUAAGACGGAUGUAUUGAAAACAAAAAGCGUGGCAAGUUUAAGGAUUCACAUUGAAAGAGUCAUACAAAGGGUUCAAGAGUACAAAAUGUUGUCGCCGUAUGCUUGUGUGGAUUGGAACUUGUUGCCAUAUAUCGAUGAUAUAGCAAUAAUUGUAGCAGGGCUGGUGAAUUUGCAGAAACCAAUCAUAAAAAAAUAA